AUGAGUCAUAUUGAUUUAAGUGGCUAUAAAAUUCCAAAGAAAAUAUUUGAUGAGUUAAAUGCUUUUGAGAGGCAUAAGCUUAUGAUGUCUCUUCGCUUAUUGGAGAAAGAAAAAAAUAAAAAUAACAAUGAACAGUAUUUAAACGAUUAUGAUAUUUUAAAGAAAAAGUACAAUUUUAUACAUGAUGCAUCAAAUGAAAAAAAUUCUCUUUUGCAAAAUUAUUAUAAUAGUAUAUGUAACAAAUAUGUUAUAUGCGAUUUGACAAGAUAUAGAGAAGCUAAAAUAGGUUUAAGGUGGAGAACAGAAGAAGAAAUAAUAAAAGGUAAAGGGCAUAUAAUUUGUUCAUCUAAAAAAUGUAACAAUACAGAUUUGAAAACUUAUGAAUUUUUAUUUGAAUAUAUUGAAGGAGGGGAAAAAAAAGAAACAAAUGUGAACGUGAGAGCUUGUAUGGACUGUGCAUAUAAAUUACAUUACAGGAAAAUUAAAGAAUAUUUAAAAAAAAAAGAAAAAAAAAAAUUGAAAAAAAAACAAAGAAGAAAAAGAAAACAUAAAAAAUCAGAUUCAAGUAGUGAACGCAAUGACUCUUCAUCAAUUCAUAGCUCUAAUAAUUCAAAAUUGAAAAAGAAAAAAUCAUCUUAUGUUAAAAGAAAACUUGAAAAAAUUUCUGUAAAAGUGAAAGAGGACGAAAAUGAAGAAAAUAUGUAUUUCCAUGAUUUAAUUUUUUAA